UUGGUCUCGGCGCAUUGUGUAUUUGUUAUACUUGUUAUUUAAUAACAGAUUCCAAAUGCGUUUAUUUACAACAGGGGGUCGGUUUUUAAUUGCCGGCAUAUUGCCCUUGGAUAAGAGUGCUGAUGACAUCGUUGACAAGGAGAGCAAAACGUACAAAGCGUUUUUGGCCAAUAAGAGGAACGAUAAUGAAACCGGCAUGGAUCGAAUCAAGCAAAUGUUUACAAUUGACGAGUUUGGCAGCAUAUCCUCAGAGUUGAAUUCCAUAUAUCAAGCGGGCUUUCUCGGAUUUCUUGUUGGCGCUAUCUAUGGAGGUGUUAUACAAUCGCGGUCUGGCUAUAUGAAUUUCAUGGAAAGCAAUCAGGCCACGGCAUUCAAAUCACAUCUUGACGCCAAGAAAAAGAUGCAGGAUCAGUUCACAGUUAAUUUCGCCAAGGGUGGAUUUAAAUGGGGCUGGCGUGUAGGUCUAUUUACCACCUCCUAUCUCGGUAUCAUCACCUGCAUCUCUGUUUAUCGCGGCAAGUCUUCUAUUUACGAAUACCUGGCGGCAGGUACGCUUACUGGCGGGCUUUACAAAGUGAAUAUGGGACUGCGUGGCAUGGCUGCUGGUGGCAUCAUUGGCGGUUUUAUGGGUGGCGUUGCGGGUGCGGCUUCGCUUCUGCUGAUGAAAGCCUCGGGAACUUCAAUGGAAGAAGUGCGCUAUUGGCAAUACAAAUGGCGACAGCAACGCGACGAUACCGUAAACGAUGCUUUUAGAGAUCAGGCGAAAAAGGAUGCGCCACCAAUAUUCUCAGCGCACGAUAACCGUGUUGGUGACAAAGUAACCCUAGACCCAAUUAAAUAGUUGAGUGUUUAAAA